GUGAUGUUGCGUGUGUGUGUUGCUUUGGGGAGCUAGGCCUUGCCCUUGAUCUCCAAACGAAGAGGAAAAGUGGCGCUCGUCGUACUGUCGGUGCAGUAACCGGGAUUUUGUUGUGCAAUCGGUUCGCCGGGCGAUGUUGGUGGAUGGAUUGGCCGACACUUGUUCAGCCUCGACAAUGAGCAGCGACAACAGCAACAGCUCGUCGAACGGCAACUCCGCGGCCGCACUGCCCGUCGUCUCGUCCGGCGCCGUGCUGAGCUCCUCGGGCCCGCCGCCCCAGCCGCCGCAGCACGGAGCCGCCGAUGGCUACCCGGACGCUCCCGACACCAAGGAGGGCAUCGAGGAACUGUGCCCCGUGUGCGGCGACAAAGUGUCCGGCUACCACUACGGCCUGCUCACAUGCGAGUCGUGCAAGGGCUUCUUCAAGCGCACUGUGCAGAACAAAAAGGUCUACACGUGCGUGGCUGACCGCAGUUGCCACAUCGACAAGUCGCAGCGCAAGCGAUGCCCCUUCUGUCGCUUCCAGAAGUGCCUCGACGUCGGCAUGAAACUCGAAGCGGUGCGAGCCGACCGCAUGAGGGGCGGCCGCAACAAGUUCGGCCCCAUGUACAAGCGCGACCGGGCCCGCAAGCUGCAGAUGCUACGCCAGAAGCAGCUCGCCAUGUCGCAGUGCAGCUCUGCCGGUGGUUCGGAGGCAUCGGGUGCCGGUGGACCGCUGACCGUCGGCUCGGCCGCGGGAGUCCACUACGCGCUGCCCCCGUCGGCGUCCGUCUCUUCCCCGGGCCUCUACUCCCCGGAGCCCGGUGGGCCCAUCAAGCAGGAGAUUCAGAUUCCCCAGCUGAGCUCUUCGACGAGCUCGCCCGACUCUUCGCCCUCGCCACUUGCGGGACUCGUGGGUCAGCCUAUGGCGCUGGUGCCACAGCAGCACCCUACGCAACAACAACAGCAGCAGCAACAACAGCAGCACCAAGGGCAGCAGCAGCAGCAGCAGCAGCAACAGCAAGGUCCUCCGCCCGGGGGCCCGCCGUCGGCAGCCCAGCAGGGCCACUACGCCACGGCGCCCACCGCUGCCCAGCCGGACAAGACGGCCCCGCCACAGGCGCCGCCCACGCCCGCCUGGCUGACGCAGGGCCCGUCCUCUCCGCCGAAGCCCUUCCCAGCGGCGUACGAGCAGGGCCCUCUGGUCGUCCCCGACGACGCCAAGGUGCCGGCGCUGGUCCGCGAGUUCCAGAAGAACAUGCUGGACGACAAGGAGUGGCAGACGCAGCUCUUUGGACUGCUCCAGAACCAGACGUACAACCAGUGCGAAGUUGACCUCUUCGAACUCAUGUGCAAGGUCAUCGACCAGUCCCUUUUCGCCCAGGUCGACUGGGCGCGCAGCACCAUCUUCUUCAAGGACCUCCGGGUGGAUGACCAAAUGAAGUUGCUGCAGCAGUCAUGGAGUGACAUGCUAAUCCUGGAUCAUGUGCACCAGCGGCUGCACAACGGCUUGCCAGACGACACCACCCUACCCAAUGGCCAGAAGUUCUCGCUCGUGUCACUGGCACUGCUGGGACUGCCUGCGCUGGCCGACCAGUUGCAUGCACUCACCGCUCGACUGCAGGAGCUGCGCUUUGACCCCGUCGACUAUGUCUGCCUCAAGUUCCUGCUCCUGCUCAACCCAGACGUGCGGACUUUGAGCAACGUGCGACUGGUGCAUGAAGCCCAGGAACAGACCAAGCAGGUCCACCUUGAGUACUGUCUCAGCAACUACCCUCAGAUCACCGACAAGUUUGGCCAGCUUUAUCAGAUGCUUCCGAGUCUGAAGCUCAUCAGCACGCGCGGGGAGGAGUACCUCUUCUACAAGCACAUGAGCGGCAGUGCCCCGUCACAGACGCUCCUUAUGGAGAUGCUCCACGCCAAGAAGAAAUAGCAUCCGGCUCCUCCGCCUGCCCCCACGCCCCUCCGCCGGAAACGUCUCGACCGGAAGAACCCCGACCGGAACCUGGCCCGCUCCGCGUCCGUGUGAGAAACAGCGCGCGCCCCCUCCUCCUCCGCCUCUCGUCCUCUGCCCAUUUCGUACGACCCCGCCGGGGCUUCGUCCGGCCCAGGGAGCCAUGUGGCCGGGCCGGCCGCGGCUUCAAGUGGAGUGUGCGGAUGACAUUUUCUCUUGGGAUACAAACAGUAAAAAAAGUGAGCACGAGAAAAGGGGGUCUGCCAUCUCUGUGCAGGCCCGGCGGUAAGCGGGGAGCCCCCAUGUGAGAGCUCUAGCGUUCAGUAACAAGCUUGUCGUCUUGUGUACACAACACACGUGGAUGUGAUAGUGUGUGCUUGUGCGUGCAUCGAUAUGGGCGUUGAUGCCUGGCCAUCCCCGUGCAUGCGUGCCGAGUGAGUGCAGAUGUAUAGUAUAUAUAUAUAUAUAUAUAAAUAUAUAUAUAUAUAGAUCCACACACAUACACACACACAUAUAUAUGUACCUAUGUACCAGUGUACACGAAAGAGAAAUAGAACAACAUUGAGGUGUGCAAAGAACAUUUGGUGCCACCCGACACUUUUGGCUGGCUAGCCAGGUGUGUCGUGUGGGCCACAAAUUCUGCAUGGAGGUGUCGCGAGCUCUACAACUCAACAGGGACUCUGCACAAUGUUACGGAGCUUGUGUGGGUGGCGAGACCUUAAUAGGAGAGGUUUUCUCUUUGCAUCUUUCCAUUCUUUUGUCUUUUGUCUUUUUCUUCUCUUGUCCCUGUCUUUUUGCUUUUGCUUCCAACUUCCUUUACUUUUGGACGUGACGGUGUGCAUGCUGUUUUUUGUGUGAGUGCAUCAGUUCACAAGUUGCAUUGGCAUCAGGCUAGACGAGUGAGUGAGAAAGGACUUUUCUCUUUCCCCUUACGAGACUGGACAGACUCAGGGAAAAGAAAUUUGUGUGAGAGAGAACAAAGAAGAGGGAGACGUCCACCCCACCUGACAUUCUUUGUUUCUUGCAUGGAUGACUGUUGCAUGCUUUUCCCUCAUUUUUAACUUGCUCGUUAUUCACAGUGGUGUAUGCCAGAUUUGUCUAGAGUAUCUCUUAUAACUCUGUUUCUUCCAUCAUUGCUUACUUUCAUGUUUUUCCGCAGAGUGUCCCUUCGUCUAGUUCAUUGUGCUGGGCACCCCACACUGUCAUUUCUUUUCUUACUGCUACUAUUAUCGCCUCAUCUCGUGGACAUUUUUCAUCUCGCAGAAGAAUCGAAUUUCCCAGCCCGCGUCCUUGUGCAUUAAGCCAUGCCAACCAUCGUCACCAGAGCCGUGCAUCUGUGUCAUCCUUUGUUUUUUAUUGUUAAUGUUUGAUCGCUGCACAGAAUGCUACUUGGAAAGGUUGUGAAAGGCUCCAGUGUUUUUUUAAUGGAGCAAGAUUGAUGCUCUCGGCACUGUUUCUUUUUUUUUUUUUUUUUAAUGGAAAUAAUACUAAGCAUAGUGGUGACUCGAUUAGGAAUGUGCAAGUCCUCAUUACAUGCCUGACUAUGAGAAGCACAUAGUGAGCCUGGUCUUAACAAUUGAACUCAUCUAGUUAUUUUUCAAGUGUAUCAAGUUCAAUCUUUCAGUAGCUUGCUUGAUCCUUUAUAUUCAGUGACAGAAGGUUUACUAGAAAAAACUCCUUUUUUUUCUGCUGAGCAUUAUUACAACCUGAAAUGCUUUAUAAAAAAAGUCUCUUCUAAAGUGUUACCUUUUGUCACUCUUACAUUGUUGUAGUUACACCUGUUACACAAAAGAAUAGGUGCUUCUGUUAAUUGAAAGCAAGAUAUUUUUGCAAUUCAUUUAAUUUUUCUUUUGGAAAUUAGGAUAAAGUCGUGGUUCAUAAAUUCGAUAAAGGAGAAUUUAUUUCUGAAUAAAAAUUGUGGGGUCCAAGUCAUGGAUUUUUGCAUAUUGCUUUUGCAUAGCUCAGGCUUCAGAGCUGACUGUGGUCAGCCUAAUGCAGGCAGAAUGGUGCAUUUUCUUACUCAAUUCCCUUGUUAGCAUACAGCAAAAGUCCUUUAUUGCUUGCAAAGCUUAUGCAUGCCACUUGUGCUUUUGCUGAGGCAGAUAUUGUGUAGGAUAUGCUUAAUUACUCUCUGUCGAGACAUUUGUCCAACCUCCCCCCCCCCCCUUUUUUUUUUCAGAUAUUUUAAUUUUAUACAAGUGUUCAGUGCAGCAUUAAGGUGUUUCUUCUAAUGAUCAAGUAAUGGUCAAGUUUACUUAGACCUUGUGAACAUCUGGUUUUAUUAUUUUUAAGAAUUAACUGAAACAGCUUGAGGCAAAUGAGCUUCCCACAAUUCCCUCAAAAUCUUCUAUUGCAGUGCCGAGGCAUCAUUGACUGAAGUUAUGGUUGGUGUGCAGGUGACUGCCAAGUUUGGACUGUUAGGCUUGUUUGUGGCACAUGUUGCCUCCCUCAUGUUAGAAUGCACUUUCAUGGCCGUUUGUGAAAGCUAUAUACUUACAUAGCCAAUACGUGUAGGACUGACUGGGUGCAGCAACAAAGCAUGUUCAACGCAGCUCAAUGUGUUUUAGUUUUGUUUUUUAGCUUGUUCUUUGUUGACGACCCUUGUGGUCAGUGUGUACAUAGACCACUGUCUUUAUCACAGAUGUUUUUAUCUUGAUAGCAGAGUACAGGUGCGUACAUCAUUUUAUUUUUUUUCCUUUAUGGCGCGAGUUCCUUCAGUGUAUGUUUUUUUUUCUUUGAUGUUGUUUUUGUCAACGAAUAUGUGUGCUUGAAUAUUGAUGCCCUGAUUUGCGAGCAUAUAAAAUGAUCACAACAUUUUUUUUUUACCAAUUGAUGUAUGAGGAAUUAUUUAGUGUAAUUCCUGUGCAAUACUUUUUUUUUUUUAAUUUUUCAUAAACCUUAAAACUGAUUAUGUGAAGGCUUGGCAUUGGAAGCCGCUCGUGUGGCAGCAUUAUCAACUUAAUUGAAUUUGGAUGACAGAUGUAGACUUCGUAGAGAAGCUGUGUUUUCAGUUGACAUCAUGCUUUUUUGUGUUUUUCUGCACGCAGUGCACAUUUGCUCGUGAUAUUAGCGUUCCAUAGCCAGAAGCAAGCACAAAGUUCAUGUUGGUUCAGAUCAUUGUAUUUAAUUGACUUUCAUCAAGCGCUUCCGUGUUAUGUAGUGUACUUCACAACUGGAGGUUUGCUUUGGCAGCUUUGAACUAUUGUGAAGUUCUAACUAAACAAAGAUGGAGAAUAGGCCGUGAGAGCUUGUUUGUUGCAGCACCGCCGGUUUGUAUGAAAUGCAGCCUCCAUUGAAUUAUGAUCACUAAUGUAAUAACAAUUGCCCACCAUUUUUCCCAUGUCUGAAGGGAAAACAAAUGAAAACAUGUGUACAGAUCAUUAGAUUCCAGUCUCUUGUCAUCAUGGUUGCAAGUAUUAAGAGAAUGAAUCGGAAGUUGUAACACACCGUCUGCGCCCGCACAUUUUUUUCUUCAUUUGAACUAGUGCUUUUGUUACAAUGUUAAUGAUGGUCUGAGUGGCUCCCAUUGAACUCCACUGCCAACCUACACACCAUGAGGAGUGCAUUACUGCUGCGUGACUGGGGAGAAAAAGGAACAUUUGCAUCACUGUGCUUGCUGUUGCUGCCAUGCUGUCAUGUGACCCAUAUUGUGCAAAAGGUUUCAUCACGCGCUUUGCUUGCUUCUAGUAUUUGCAGCAGCAAGUUUCAGCUGUCUUGUUGACAUCCCUUUCCUGCUUGCAGUAUUUUUAAAGGGAUGGAUGCUUAAUGCUUUAGUUGAAUGCUUGUGUAUAGGCAGACGCCAUUGUAGUGCAUGAAUGAAUGCAUACUUUGCAUUUUCAUUGACAUGUGGCAGGCUUCUGCAACAUGGGUGUAGUGGAAUUGGCUGUGUGGCAAUUUGAACUGUUUGCCAUGAUGCUAAACUAAAUGGUGUAGCGAGGUUUAAGCAGUGUUUCUGCAUUAUUCAAGCGUAUUACAAACACCUAGAUAUGUUUUUCAGAAGAGAUUGCAGGAAGUUCAAAACCAGCUUCUGAAAAGCAGCCAUUAUUUCAGUUACUUGAGUGAACAAAAUAAGACACUUUCGGGUGUCACCCACUGUGGUGGUUUAGCAGUUUUGCUGUUGUGCUGCACAAAGUCGCUCGUUCGUUCCCCGGCUGCAGCGGCCGCAUUUCAAUGGGGGUGAAAUGCAAAAAACAUUUGUGGACUUAGACCUAGAUGCACUUUAAAGAACCCCAGGUGGUCAAAAUUAAACUGAGUCCCCCCACUAUGGCAUGCCUCAUAAUCAUAUUUUGGAUCUAGCACGUAAAACCCCAGAAUUAAAUUUUAACUCUUGGGUGUCAUUUUCACUUCAUUUAAGUGUGGAGAUGCUAAGUGACUUGUCCUGUUGAAUCUAAAACCAGGGAGGGCUUUUUCCUUAAUUUUAUAAUUUGCCAAGCUGCAUUCAACUUGUUUGAUAUUCACAAUUAUUUUUUUAGUCUCUUUUAGUAAACCAUGGUGUCGUUUUCACAUUGCCCCAUGUUCAUGGGAGCAUAGUAAAAGGUGGUGGGUGCUUAUUGCACUAAGCAACCUUCGAACAGAUUCUGCUCUGAAUGUGCCACUCCCAAGGUGUUGUAUAGCUUGGAGGUUUAAUGGACACAGUUUACGAGCAAAACUCGGUUGUUUAAAUCUUGCUAAAACAUGGUAUACAUUCGUCAUAUUGCUUUGUUUACUCUUGUUCGAAGUAAAAGAACAUAUUAGUAGCGUUUGAACAAAUUGAACUGAAGGUGCUGCAGUGAGGACUGUUUACUUUUGCUUAACUCUCAAUUCAGACACCGCACAGAAUUUUCAUUCAGUAUGUUAUUUGAUGGCAGAAUGUUUCGACAAGCCAAACCUGUAUGUACUUGUAAUUACCUUUUAACGUGAUAGCAUUAAAGGCCCCGUGUGGCUAAAAAUCUGGCAUUGGUGUUGGUGUCAGCGUCCGCGCCGGCAUCCGCGGCCAAGAAAAUCAUCCCAAACCACGCAUCCCCGACCACACAGGCCCUCCGCAUGGCACAGAGGCGUUACUGUACUAAUUCAAUUUCUGAAAGUAAAAUGCAUCAGAAAAUUCGUAAAGUAUGACUUGCCUCCGUGCAGCCACGGCGUGCGGAGGCAAAGCUGGAGAAAAAAAAAAAAAAAGCUGCGGGUUGCCGGGAAGCGCAAGAAGCAGUCGGGGAUCUUUGAAUGCUAUCGUGUUUCACUCUUAAAGGCGAAGCUUAAGCGUCCUCCAAAUUUUUCUUUUGGGGGGAAUUCUGAAUUGUACAGGGGAGAAUGCAAACAAAAGAUAUGGUUGGGUAUUAUUAAUGGUGCUUACAGCAAAAGUUGUACUACACCACUACUAUCCUGCUAUCAUGCAAACCUUGUCAGGUAUGGAUAAUGCGAUAUCAUUUCCAGUUCAGCUACACCCAUGUUGCAAGAACACAGACUACAAUUUAUGGCACAAACCAUUUUGUUAGUGCUGUUUGGUGGAACAACAUUGUUUUUCGAGCAAACUGAUCUAUUUUGUUUUUUAUUUUUGCACAUGGUUUGUGGUUAUAGUUGCAUUAGUUAGAAGCGCACAAGGAUGGUCCACAUUGUGGACCUGGUCCUCUUAGCUUGCUCUUGCUCGCACAAGGCUCAAGGGGCGCCUAUCCGCAAAGAAAAGUAAGAAUAUGGUGUAGUAAGAUUAAGUAUGAUGAUAUGCAGUUUGAGAGCAGUGGUUAUUGUUGACUGCUGGACUUGAGAAAACGAUGUUCUCAGAGUAUGGCCCUUAGGAGAAUAUAACUGCAGGCACUUCUGCAAACGUGUUGUAUAUUCCUUUUGUCUUCUUUAUUUUUGUGCCUAGAUUUAAAAAAUAAAGCGAUGUGGUGAGACAUUUGGAGCAUGAUGAAUAGUUAUCAAGAUGUGCCUUAUAUAUACCAGAAUAACCUAAGUGAGAAAAGUAAAAUAAUGUGUGUGCGACUUUUCAAGGAAUUCAAGCCUGAUAGUUGCACCACCUUGAAGAUACGAGGCAUACCACUUAAACAUCCCCUCCCCCAUGGUGGAAGGAAAAAACUUCGAGGGGCCCUGAUGUCGCUCUCUGCAAAGCCUCUCCUGGCAGGCACCUCUAGCUUACGGGGCAAAUCUUCCUUUUGACAUGCACUUCCUCAUCUCGGAGCCAAGCGUGCCUCCUCCGCGCUUUGUGCCGCGUUGACCGAGGUCAUGUCAGAGAGAGCAGCCAGCUUCUUUAGCAACCGUUGCCCCAUGAACAAGGACAACGAAGCCUAAGAUGAUACAUGAUGUCCGCCACAUUUUUUGCAAUGCAUCUGAGACUGUUGAGCCCUAUCCUCAGUUUUUUCCUUCCUCCAUGCCUUCCCCCCUGUCCAUUUUUAUUUUGUGAAGAGGCGUUUCCCAGACAGCCCUGUACGCCGCUGCUACGCAUCGCCACUAGUCAGCAAUCAGCGAAUUGAUAGAAGAGUUAUCCUCCAUUAUCUGUUCCAUGUUGUUGUCGUUUCUGAAGUGAUUGGAUCCCCCCACAUUUGUGCUUUGCAAGAGUGGCUGUUACAUCAUGCGGCCAAGGGCCCUGCCUUGGGAUAAGUUUCCUUGUUUCAUGAUAGCGUAGAUGAAUGCACAGAUUGUGUGCAUGCACACGUUGUGAGCAGCCGCCAGCCUUCAGGAAGUGGGUAUUCUUUGUGAUGCAAGCUGAAGGCAGGGUCUUUGAAUGCCCUUGGUGACAGACAUCCAUACUGGAAAGAAAGUUGCAGUUUUACUCCUGUACUGUGUUGUUACUCUACCCUUGUGAAAGUAUCCGUGUACAUGCAUAUUCCAUAACCAUAUUCUGAAUGUACAUGCCGAUCUCAGAAGAAAUGAAUAACCGUCUUGUUGUGUGUGUAAUCUCAUCCAUUUCUUUUCCCUUUGAUGCAUAUUUGUGUCCCUGCCCCCACUUUCUUUUGCAUCUUUUGUUGUACACUGAGCCAUGAAUCGCUUGCAAAUUGCACUGCUGUUUUUUGUUAAAAAAAAAAAGAAAGCAUUGAGGAAACACAUUCUUCUUUUGUUAUUGCAUACUACAUUUACCGUGUAUGAUAGGAUGAGAAUUGAAGGGAAAAAGAAAAACACAUUGUUGGAACUUGCAUUUUGACACUGCCUUUUCUAUUCAAUUUUACAACCCACAUCUUGAGUGGAAACUGAAAAUUUUGAUUGACCUUGUACAUUUCAUUCUAAGCUUUUUAGUAUGCUCUUGCUUUUCUGUUUUAUUCCUGUUUUCUUGAGCAAAAAGAAAAUGAAUGAGACAACAUUUGAAAAGUUGGUUCGCUAAAGAAAACGUUUGUACAAGGAAUCUUCACCCACUGUUGAACUGUGUAAAUAAAUUGUUGAUAUUUGAA